CCGCUGGGGCACUGCGGAGCCUAGGGCGGCGGCGGAGCACGAUGGAGAUCCCGGUGCCUGUGCAGCCGUCUUGGCUGCGCCGCGGCUCGGCCCCGUUGCCCGGGCUUUCGGCACCCGGGCGCCUCUUCGACCAGCGCUUCGGCGAGGGGCUGCUGGAGGCCGAGCUGGCUGCGCUCUGCCCCGCCGCGCUGGCCCCCUACUACUUGCGCGCACCCAGCGUGGCGCUGCCUACCGCCCAGGUAUCGACCGACCCCGGGCAUUUCUCGGUGCUGCUGGAUGUGAAGCACUUCUCACCGGAGGAAAUCGCCGUCAAGGUGGUUGGCGACCACGUGGAGGUGCACGCGCGCCACGAGGAGCGCCCGGUGAGCCCGCUGGCGGGGGCCGGGCCAGAACGAGAUGAGCACGGAUACAUCGCGCGCGAGUUUCACCGCCGCUACCGCUUGCCGCCUGGCGUGGACCCUGCGGCCGUGACGUCCGCGCUGUCCCCUGAAGGCGUCCUUUCCAUCCAGGCCGCACCUGCUCCGGCCCAGGCUCCACUGCCGUCGCCGCCGGCGGCUGUCGCCAAGUAGGAGCCAGGGCACGCCUGAACCCUGGGAGCCGCCUCAGGCCCCGCCACCGCACUUUUAAAGCCGACCUGACUCCGCCCAGCCAGAUGUCCCGAGCGCGCCAAGACUACCCGCCCACCCAGUCUGGGAUGUGCCUUGAACCUUCCAACCUAGACGCAGCCUUGAUAACGUAGACCUUUCCACUGACACUGCCUCUCUCACACACUCUCCUGUUUUCAAACCUCCGGACACCUCUCUGGCUUCCAGCCCCUACAAGCACAAUCCCUCAGCCUACAGUCUCCCAUCCCCACUGACCCCGCUUGGCGUAGAACCCCACUCCAAACUCCCUAUUUCCUUCUGACUUCUCUAGGAAAACAUCUCCACACUCCGUUUCAAUCCCCCCCACCCAAGAUUAUGAUGUAGACAGACCUGCCCCCACCCUAGGCCUAGGCCAGUCAAGC